AUGGGCCUGAAACAAGUAUUUAACAAGACCUCAUUCGUACAGUAUGGCAAAAAGAUGAAAGAUGUCCCGCGUGAAGUGGUGCUAAGUCCAAUUCUUCUAUUAUCAUGCGCAAUGUAUGCGACCGCAGCCAUCCCUUUGACAUGGGAUCAAGGGACUGCAUCUACUCUACCUUCAUUGGAGGGUUUUCAGAAGCAGUUCGGCAUCAGCUCCACGGCCGGAGCACAUUCCACGCGCAACUUCGUCUCUCUCGUGUAUAUCGGUGACGCGGUGGGUGCUGCCAUUUCAUUUUUCAUAAAUGACCGCAUUGGGAGACUAUGGUCUUUCCGAUUGUACACGGCUAUUUGGAUUAUUGGACAGUUGGUCGCAACAUUCAGCCCUGGCCCGUCGGUAUUAUACGCGUCUCGAAUAAUUUCGGGGAUGGGGAUCGGAUCAUUGAGUGUCACUGGUACUGUUUCUAUUGUUGAACUGGCACCGACGGAAAUUCGUGGACUACUAGCAGCGUGGUAUACGGUGUUCAUGACACUCGCUUUAAUGCUCGCCACGUUUUGCGUGUACGGGGUGCAGCUUCAUUUGGCGGCAAGUCGAUUGCAAUAUCAGGUUGUGAUGUUUUCUCCGUGUGUUUUUAUGUCACUCUGGAUCAUUGCCAGCUUUUUCCUCUCGGAAUCACCUCGUUGGUUGGUAUUGAUGAAUCGGAAUGAAGAAGCCGCUCUCGCUCUGGUUCGGCUACGACGCUUGCCAGUUGAUCACGAUCGCGUUCGAGAGGAAUUUGAAAGAAUUGAAGAUUCAAUUGAGCAAGAAAAGGCAGCACAUGAUCCAAAUGAUACAUCACCCGCUAAAAUCGUCAGCCUUGCCAGAGAGACAUUCACCGUCCCGUCAAACCUUCGCCGGGUUCAACAAGCCCUGAUCCUAUACGCGGUCCCCCAAUUUUCAGGCGGUAAUUCCAUUACGAAUUACUUCAUACCCAUUUUAAAAGUUAUUGGGUUAGCUGGAUCUUCUACUCGGAAUUUGUUUUUGAAUGGGAUGUACGCCAUGUCAAAAUUUUUCUUUGGUUUGUUCGGAUCAUUCUUCCUUAUCGAUGUCGUUGGUCGGCGCAGCACACUCUUCAUCGGCAUCACUCUACAAAUGAUUUCAGAUGUCUAUCUCGCUGCAUAUAUCAAGGCCCAAAAUGACGGUUCCCCGGCUGAGGCUGCAGGGGAGGCUGCGCUUGCGUCGAUCUUCUUCCACUCUUUCGGGUACACGAUCGGCCUUCUCACACUGCCGUACGUAUUUGGUGGCGAGCUAUGGCCAAACCGAAUCCGAUCUUUUGGUGCUGCGAUAACCCAGACCUUCCACUGGUUGUUUCACUACUCCAUGACAUUUGCACUGCCGUCGCUGCUUGCACGAACAAACAACUGGGGCGCAUUUGUUUUCUUCGCAGCAUGGUGUGGAGCUGCACUUCUCUAUGUUUAUCUUUUAGUGCCAGAGAUUGCCGGGCUUAGCGUGGAAGAGAUCGAGCGCGUGUUCAGUGGGCCAUGGCGACUUUUCGGGAGACGAUCUACAUUGCGAGACAGCCACACCGUUCUUGAAGGACAGAUCGUGAGAGUAAACAAUGAUCCUGAUGAGGGCACAAAAAAAGCUUCAUAUGGUCAAGUCCGAUCAACAUUCCAUGGGAGAUGA